AUGGCAUUCAUUGAGGAAUCUGACCAUUUUGAUCCAGACCUCCUUCGUGUAACAUUGCAUCCCACACUCAUCGUAGCAUCCCACACUCAUCACAGCAUCCCAAACUCUCUCAUCGUAGCAUCCCACACUCAUCACAGCAUCCCACACUCAUCACAGCAUCCCACACUCAUCGCAGCAUCCCACUCCAUCGCAGCAUCCCUCACUCAUCGCAGCAUCCCAUACUCAUCGCAGCAUCCCACACUUAUCGCAGCAUCCCAUACUCAUCACAGCAUCCCACACUCAUCACACCAUCCCACUCUCAUCACAGCAUCCCUAACUCAUCGCAGCAUCCCAUACUCAUCGCAGCAUCCCACACUCAUCGCAGCAUCCCACUCCUUCGAAGCAUCCCACACUCAUCACAGCAUCCCACUCCAUCGCAGCAUCUCACACUCAUCACAGCAUCCCUCACUCAUCGCAGCAUCCCACACUCAUCGCAGCAUCCCACACUCAUCACAGCAUCCCACACUCAUCACAGCAUCCCACACUCAUCACAGCAUCCCACACUCAUCACAGCAUCCCACACUCAUCACAGCAUCCCUCACUCAUCGCAGCAUCCCACACUCAUCACAGCAUCCCACACUCAUCGCAGCAUCUCACUCAUCGCAGCAUCCCACUCUUCGCAGCAUCCCACUCAUCGCAGCAUCCCACACUAAUCACAGCAUCCAAUUCAUCACAGCAUCCCACACUCAUCGCAGCAUCCCACUCCAUCGCAGCAUCCCACUCCAUCGCAGCAUUCUUCACUCAUCACAGCAUCCCACACUCAUCGCAGCAUCCCACUCCAUCGAAGCAUCCCUCACUCAUCACAGCAUCCCACACUCAUCACAGCAUCCCACACUCAUCACAGCAUCCCUCACUCAUCGCAGCAUCCCACACUCAUCGCAGCAUCCCACACUCAUCGCAGCAUCCCACACUCAUCGCAGCAUCCCACUCAUCGCAGCAUCCCACUCCAUCGCAGCAUCCCUCGCUCAUCACAGCAUCCCACACUCAUCACAGCAUCCCUCACUCAUCACAGCAUCCCACACUCAUCGCAGCAUCCCACACUCAUCGCAGCAUCCCACACUCAUUGCAGCAUCCCUCACUCAUCACAGCAUCCCUCACUCAUCACAGCAUCCCACACUCAUCACAGCAUCCCACACUCAUCACAGCAUCCCACACUCAUCACCGCAUCCCACACUCAUCACAGCAUCCCACACUCAUCACAGCAUCCCUCACUCAUCACAGCAUCCCACACUCGUCACAGCAUCCCACACUCGUCACAUCAUCCCACACUCAUCACAGCAUCCCACACUCAUCACAUCAUCCCUCGCUCAUCACAGCAUCCCACACUCAUCACAGCAUCCCACACUCAUCACAGCAUCCCACACUCAUCACAGCAUCCCUCACUCAUCACAGCAUCCCUCACUCAUCACAGCAUCCCUCACUCAUCACAACAUCCCACACUCAUCGCAGCAUCCCACACUCAUCACAGCAUCCCACACUCAUCACAGCAUCACACACUCAUCACAGGAUCACACUCAUCACAGCAUCCCACACUCAUCACAGCAUCCCUCGCUCAUCACAGCAUCCCUCACUCAUCACAGCAUCCCUCACUCAUCACCGCAUCCCACACUCAUCACCGCAUCCCACACUCAUCACAGCAUCCCACACUCAUCACAGCAUCCCUCACUCAUCACAGCAUCCCACACUCGUCACAGCAUCCCACACUCGUCACAGCAUCCCACACUCGUCACAGCAUCCCACACUCGUCACAGCAUCCCACACUCGUCACAGCAUCCCACACUCGUCACAGCAUCCCACACUCGUCACAGCAUCCCUCACUCGUCACAGCAUCCCUCACUCAUCACAGCAUCCCUCGCUCAUCACAGCAUCCCUCGCUCAUCACAGCAUCCCUCGCUCAUCACAGCAUCCCUCGCUCAUCACAGCAUCCCACACUCAUCACAGCAUCCCUCACUCAUCACAGCAUCCCCCACUCAUCGCAGCAUCCCACACUCAUCACAGCAUCCCACACUCAUCACAGCAUCCCACACUCAUCACAGCAUCCCACACUCAUCACAGCAUCCCACACUCAUCACAGCAUCCCACACUCAUCACAGCAUCCCUCACUCAUCACAGCAUCCAACACUCGUGUGCUGUACUUCAUGA